AUGUCUUUACUACAAAAAUUUGGAACCCUUCGUGAAAGAACAUCACGAAAGAGUGAAUUGGUGACUAGUAUUCAUCAACCAAACACAACAACACCAAUAACACCCACAGCAACAACCACAGAACAAUCAAAAACAACACCAAAAUUUAAACUCAGCAAAAAACUCCACAUUCCAUUCUUCAACAACACUGCAAAAACGGCGCCAGCAAAAGAAUCAUCAAACGCCACACUUCACACGUCGUCUCCAUCAUCAAAUAGCAGCACCACAUUAGUAAAUGAUUUUGAUGAUAAAGCUUCAACAAAAACGAAUAUAUCAACAACAUCAUCAAAGAAGAAUAACAGUCUUCACCAACGUCGUCAAACAAUCAUUCAUCGUAUUGAUAACGGCUGUCGACGAAACACUAUUUGGUCGGAUACAGUUGACACAGAAUUGGCCAACAAUUUGUCUCCUUUAGAAUUGAACCGCCAAGAAGUUUUAUUCGAAAUAAUAAAAACAGAAGCAGAAAUUUCCAUUCUCGAGAACCAAUUGCUUUUUCUCAAUGUUACAUUAAUUUCCGCUUAUAUACUUGAUGAUCUUCGAUUAAUUGAAGAACUUUUCAUUCAACCAAUCAAAGCGGCCGAGGCUAAAUCCAACAAGACAAUGGUCCCGGAUAAUCUUAAUAAAGUCUUUAAUGCCAUUUCAUAUUUCCUAUUCAUCCAUGAAGUCAUCAGCAAUUGCUUAAAUGAACGUCAAGAAAAUGAGGCACCAUUAGUACGAAGCAUCUCUGAUAUCCUUUUAGCCUAUGUUUGGAUCUUCCGUGCGUAUGCACCAUAUCUCAUCCACUAUGAGGAAGCUUUACGAGAGCUCAACGAAAGUCUACGACGAAAGGAUAAAUUAGGAAAAUUAGUCAAAAAACAGCAAAAAAUACCAUCAUGCCGCAAUAUGCCGUUGACAACAUACUUAUUAAAGCCAUUCCAACGUCUUCUCAAAUAUCCGCUCUUGAUUCAAAAUCUGCUCAAAUACACUGUCAAAGACUUAGGGAACGACUAUGAAAACACCGUUAACCUGAAAACAACACUCGACUCUGUUCUUCAGGAUGUCGAAGAACAAAAACGAGCACAUGAGAACAAGGAACGUCUUCGUUCUCUCGAAUCAAGAAUUCAUGGAUUAUCCGGAUUCCGUUUGGCAGUUGAUAAUCGACAAUUAUUACGAGAAGAACCAGCUUUUCAAUACGUAACACUCGUAAAGAAACCAUCACUUCGUAAAUCUUUGACUGUCCUGUCAUCACCGUCAGCAAAUCCUAGACGUCAUUCAGUACGAAAUCUUUAUGCAUUAGAGUGUAAUGAUAUUGUAUUGUUGGCAGAGAAGACUGGGGUGAACCGUAACGGCGACGCAAUCUAUCGACUGAUUUCACAUCCACCUAGUUCACCUUUGGAUGAAGAGCCAGUGAUCAUUCAUAAAGCAUCGGAUUCUGGAGUUUUUUACGACAAUUAG